UUGAAAAGGAAAUAAAAAGUAAAGAAAUCCCCUGGGCUCUCUAUACAAAAGCGUAACGUGAGAAGACAAACACAUUUGUUUUCAGGAAAGAUGACCAGGUGGAAUGAGAUAUUAGACUGGUGGGUGGGGGUGGGGGAGGUGGGAGACUUUGCAGAGGAAGGGUAUUUUUUGUUGUUUUUCUUAGGCUCUAAUUAUAUCCAAUUAAAACCUAAUCCAGAGAGCACAACAUUGUUCUCCUCCACAUGGCUUUUAUUUUACUUAAAAACAGAUCUUCCCUGCAGGCAAGAUGGGAGAGGGAAGCUCAUUAUUUCGAGUAACAAGCGGCUUGUGGCCUUAGUGCCAAAUGACACUUCAUUCAACACCAGACGAGCCUACACCAGCGAAGAUGAAGCCUGGAAGUCGUAUUUGGAGAAUCCCCUAACAGCAGCCACCAAGGCUAUGAUGAGCAUAAACGGUGAUGAGGACAGUGCUGCUGCUCUUGGCCUAUUGUAUGACUAUUAUAAAGUUCCCAGAGAUAAAAGGCUGUUGUCUGUUAACAAAGUGAGUGAUAAUCAAGAAGACCAAGAUAAAAGAAAUUGUCUUAAUACCACGGAAGCUCAGAGUACUUUAAGUGGGGGAGAAAACCGUGUGCAAGUGCUGAAGACAGUGCCAGUUAACCUUUCCUUGAACCAGGAUCCUUUGGAGUCUUCCAAAAGGGAAUACAGCACAAACGUGUCUGGGAGCUCAACACCCAUCACUGGGACUGGAGUGACUGUGGUUAAAGCAGAGGAGUUCACCCCUGUUUUUAUGACUCCACAAACACACUACACAAGAGGAGAAAAUGAGGAGCACCGAGGGGUUAUCUUUGAACACUUUGAAGUGUCCAACAUUGCUCCCCACACAAAUUAUCUCAAAGAUGACCAGCGCAGCACUCCAGACAGUACGUACAGCGACACUUUCAAAGAUGGAGGAACAGAAAAGUAUCGCAGUGUGUCAGUGGGGGCUGAAGAAUAUAUUUACGAACAAACAAGCAGCACUUUUCAGUACACGUUAGAAGCUACCAAAUCUCUGCGUCAAAAGCAAGGGGAGGGGCCCAUGACCUACUUGAACAAAGGACAGUUCUAUGCCAUCACUCUGAGCGAGACGGGUGACAACAAAUGUUUCCGGCAUCCCAUCAGCAAAGUCAGGAGCGUGGUCAUGGUUGUUUUCAGUGAGGAUAAGAACAGAGACGAACAGCUGAAAUACUGGAAAUACUGGCAUUCUCGGCAGCACACAGCUAAACAGAGGGUCCUUGACAUUGCUGAUUACAAGGAGAGUUUUAAUACCAUUGGGAACAUUGAAGAAAUCGCAUUCAAUGCUGUUUCCUUUACUUGGGAUGUCAAUGAGGAAGCAAAGAUUUUCAUCACAGUGAAUUGCUUGAGCACAGACUUCUCCUCACAAAAAGGGGUGAAAGGACUUCCUUUGAUGAUUCAGAUCGAUACGUAUAGCUACAACAACCGCAGCAAUAAACCUAUCCACCGAGCCUACUGUCAGAUCAAGGUUUUUUGUGACAAGGGAGCAGAAAGGAAAAUCCGGGAUGAAGAGAGAAAGCAGAACAGGAAGAAAGGCAAAGGCCAGGCAUCCCAAGCCUCGUGUAAUAACUCUGAAGGGAAGUUGAGUGCACUCCCUUUGCAAAAAAAGAGUGAUAUCACCUUCUUCAAAACAAUGGCUGACCUGGAUUCUCAGCCAGUUCUCUUUAUACCGGAUGUUCACUUUGGAAACCUACAAAGAACUGGACAGGUUUACUACAAUACAGAUGAUGAGAGAGAAGGUAGCAGUGUCCUGGUCAAAAGGAUGUUCCGGCCUGUGGAGGAGGAGUUUGGUCCACCCCCUUUGAAACAAAUGAAAGAAGAAGGCCUGAAAAGAGUGCUUUUGUAUGUGAGGAAGGAGACAGAUGAGGUGUUUGAUGCUUUGAUGCUGAAGUCACCCACAGUAAAGGGGCUAAUGGAAGCAAUAUCUGAGAAAUAUGGGCUGCCCAUUGAAAAGAUUGCAAAACUUUAUAAGAAGAGCAAAAAGGGUAUCUUGGUAAACAUGGAUGACAACAUUAUUGAGCACUACUCCAAUGAGGACACGUUCAUCCUGCACAUGGAAAGCAUGGCUGAAGGCUUCAAGAUCACGCUGACAGAGAUUUAGCCUCAGGCAGAGCCUUUUGUAAGGAACCACAUCAUUUCAUCCUUCUUGGAAAGCAGAAGAUUCUCCAGGAACUUGACAGACAUUGGUCAGAGAAACUGUCACAAGACUGCUUUGAAGAUACUGUCCAUUCUGCACAUGUGCACCCACUGCAUAUAGACUUGGGUUUGUCAAGCACAAGGCCACUCAUGUUAACCUGGUCCCUUAUUUAUUGUUCCCCUCUCUCUAGUGUACAAGCAGUUACCAGACCCCAGAUUUGUAACCAGGUGACCCACUGCAAAUGUGAAAUGCAGCAUUUUAAUCCAUACCUCAGUGUGGAUAAGCUCAUUCCAAAACAUAUUAAGAACCGUGCUGGUCUAGUUUCAGAAAUCUGGUGUAAAUCACUUUACUAGUAGUUCUGUCUGCCAUUGCUAAAAAACUGGUGCAGUGCUAAGGACAGGGAAAGUGGCUGAUGAGUUCACUUGCUCAGACUGAUCCAUAUCUCUAUAGUGUAUAGUCUUGCCAAAUACCUCUGGUAGUUCUCAGCACGUAGCAAUGAGGACUUGUAAGUAAGGCAUUCAGCUACAAAUGUCACUUGUAAGUAAAUGGUAAAGAAACCAUUUUAACCUUGUAUAUAAUGUUUAUAAUAUGCAAUAAUAUAUUUUACUGUAUGUGGGCAUGUUUACUGCCACUGUUUUUGUAUGUAUUUGGUUUAGGGUUUAACAGAAUCUUUCCUAGAGGAUUAGACUGCUGCAAUCUGUUGAGGGGUGUGUACUGGGAAGUGAUAACUGCAUCUGCACUCAUCUACUCCAACCUUUGCCCACCCGGUUUUAUGCUGAAAUACUGGAUAAAACUGUGCUACAGAGUUUGGAGUGCUAUGGCACAAUGGUACUCACCUUAGGUGCCCAAAUCCCAGCUGUAAAUACCUGAAUAUCCCAUCCAGCUGUCACCAAAUCCUAGUGGGACCAUGGGUCUGCAGCCUGGUGUGCACAGAGGUACAGAAGUGACUUCUGCCUUUUCUGUUGAUGAAGCAGAGGCUCUCAAAGCGGGCUUUGUGCAAGCCUGUGGAGGGAAAGGUGCUUUACACAGCAGCCUGCUUGUGAAAGCAUUCCUCUAGACUGUAAGAAACAGGACUUCAAACUCGUCUUCUUAAGGAUACUGGCUCAUGUGUCUCCAUUACAUGAUUCUGUUUUGAUUCCUAGGACAGUUGGGUGAAGUAUAAACCUGGGCUUGAUGUAAAUAUUUUGUCAAAAUUGGAACAAUUUUACCAGAGGAAACUGAGUAUCCUACAGCUGAGGUGUGGAGAAAUGUCUCUGUCUUGCAAGGGCUGGGUCUGAACCCAGGUUGAACUGCAAGGUUACCCCAUCAUAUUCCAUCCCAUCUCAUGAGUUCUGUGAGGACAGAAAGUUGCAGGCUCCAAUCAUACCAGGAAACAGACUCAAGGCCUGAAUGACCCCAUCGCAUCCAAACCCUGCACCUGUCUCUCCUUUCCUGCUCCUCUGGCUAUCACAGAUUGCUUCUCACUCAGCAUUCAAUCCUGUGAGUUUCAGCGGCAAGUAUUUUAUUCUCUUAUGGACUGUAUGUGGAUCCCGUGCAGCAGGCAGAAAUGUGGGUCUGUCCCCCUCUCUCCCUCCCUCUUCAUCAUGUGCGCUUUCUUCUUCUGAUGCAGAGUUUUGUGAUAAUUCCAUUAUCUUUUUAUAAAUAUGUACUCCAGCAAAGAUGCUCUUGCUUCCCUGCUCAAGAGCAGAUAUCCUGAGAGCACAGGUUAUUUGUGGUGAUUCAGUUUGUUUCUGCUUGGUUCAGGCUCAGAUGAAAAUUCUAUGCUGACUUAGCCCAGGUACUUUUUUCCUAAAGAAAAAAAGAAGACAGUUUCAGCGGGUGGCAUUAGGAACUGGGACCAUCACGCAGGACUGGUGAGCAGUGUUGUUGGUUCUUACAUUUCUCUGUUUGAUGGUGUUUUGGGUCCUAAGUUUAUUAGCUGGGAUCUCUCAGCUGGGCAUGAUGUCUGGGCAGGAGCUGCAGGGGAAGCACAGGAGUGAAUGUACGCAGGACUUGAGCCCUGGUUCUGCCCCAGCAAACCUCCCAUCCAGGCUCUUGUAGGGAUAAGAGCUGACCCAGCCUGGAAUGUGCUGCAAUAAGAGAGGACUGUGAGAAUUCAGGGUUCACAGAGGAGGACAGGAUUGUCCUGUCAGCAUCAGCACUCAAGUUAAUGGGACUUCAUGCACACAUAAGUGGAGGUGAGCUGGGAUCUGUUGGAUGCUGCGCCUAGGAUCAGUGUAGGAUCAGUGAGAAGUGCAGUGCUCCAGGAAAUACUGGGACUUAAGGAGCUGUAUUUCCAUUUCAGGAGCUUUCGGUCGUGCACUGUCCAGGGAAGAAAAGUUCCUUCCAAGAUUACCGGAAAGCUUUUCUAAAUACACUAUAAAGUGUGCAAAUUCCUGGUACAAGAGAGCUGGUGCUCCUGCCUUUAGUUCCUUCUUACAGCCUCGGUGAAGGUAACAGGGUAGAGAAAGAUGAGUAGGUUUUACCCUGAUGGUAAGUUUAUUUUAAAAUGAACAACUAGAACUAGUUAAGGAAGAUCUCCCAUAAUUCUGUCUGCCAGGGUCUGAGGGUUUUGUUUCUCUGCUCCAGAAGCAGAUGCAUCACAAGCACCUAAGAGAUUACGAAGAGCACAUCACCCUGCAUGCCUCAGUUGUAGUUACAGCAUCAUCUGCUAGAGGGGCACUGAACCUUGGAUACUGGUCAUGGGAUGCUACAAGCUCUUGGGGUUCACCUUGUUGGUCAAAAACAGGCUAUCAAAGUGAUGGGGAAGGGCCAGUACAGGUGAUGUAAACUUCUGAAUCAGUGGCGUGCCUCAUGCUCUGCUUGGUUCAAAGGUCUUGAGGAGUACGAAGUACUCACAUGUGUAUUGUUUAAAAUAUGCAUGUUUCUUUUGUUUAAUGGAAAAUAUUGAUUAAUGCUGGAUCUUCCAUAUAUUAUGAGUUAAGUGGAAGUACAAUUUGGCUGCUGUUCAGCAGGGGACAGGAAUAUCUGCCUUGCCUCCUUCUGUCUCUGUGGCAGUGUUGUGGUCAUUUAUUUAAAGGAACAAAACUCAUUUCCUUUCCUUUUUCCAGACACCAGUCUUGAAUCUUAACUAAUGCAGCCCUAGGGUGGCUUGCUGCUCAACUCAUUUCCCUAUGAAGAAUUAAAGCAGUGCAGUGUCUGUAGAUAUUGUGUUUUGAAAGACUCUGAUAUAGAUGUGCAAAAGGAGAAUAGUCUUCUAAACUCUAAUUCUGGUUUUCUGCUACAGAUUUGGCACUAUAUCCGUCCAUUUGAUGUUUUAUGAUGAAAUUCCCAGAUCUCAAAUUUUAGUUUCUACUCAGUCAGGUGCUGAUGUCCCCCCAUUAAAAUGCAUCUUUGCAGUGAAGCUUUGUUGAUGCAUGGUGAUCUCACCAUCAAGACAUUGUGGAGGAUUUUUACCACUGGAUGUAAACUACAAAGAAAAGAACUUUUUUCCCUGCAUGUCCUCUCUCAUGAAGUUUUUGGUCAAUGGAAUUCAGAGAUUGCGUCUUUCUUGUAUAGUUUCCUCUUUUGUUCUAUGGAUUGUUUAAAUGUUGUAAAUUAGUUCAAACAAUUAUUAAGAACUAAACUCUCCAGCUGUCAGAGAUGUUGUUUAUUAAUUGAUCUGGAACUUGAAAGGAGUAUCUUAUGACUUAAAAUGUAAAGCUUAUGAAAUGUUUAUAUGCUCUUCCAUUUCCUAUGAAUUGAGACAAGAUACAAACAAGAAUGUUUGUGCCAAAGUUUGUGACAAGCCCUCUUUCUGGCAAACAAGGAAACUGUGUAUAAAUAGUGUGCUUUUAUAUUAAGAAAAUAGCUCACGUAACUUAAUAGUAUUGCAACUGGGAGAGGGGUUUGAUAAACUGUAAAUACAGUUAUUUUAUUUUUUGUACAUUUUUAAGAAGGAAAA